CUGUAUUGUUCACAGCUGCGUGGGCAACUGGCAAACCAGGAAGAAAAGAAGCAAUCCAAGAAGAAAAAUGGCAAGUUGAUGGGUGACGGCUUGCCUCGGUUAUUGUCCGGUGAUGAUUUUUACAAGAGGGUUGUGAAUCAUGAGAAAGAGCAGAAA